AUGUUUACUUACUACAACCCCAAAUGGGCCAACGUCAUGGGAAAGAAUAAAAAAGGGUCCUUGACACAUGCAGAGGUCUGGGAUGAUUCUGCCCUGGUUCAGUCCUGGGACGAUGCUGUCGAAGAAUACCAGCAUUAUUGGAGCAUUCACGCCAAGGGUGAAAAUGUUGAAGAUGUCUUGAAAGAAGCGGAAGACACUGGCGUUAUUCCAGUUAUACGUCCCGGUGACAAUGAAGGCACCAAAGCCGCAGAGGAUGGUGCCACUAAACCUGAGAAUGAGGAUGUCUCGAUGGCCAUUGACGAGCAGGCUUCUGAGUCUGCGCCCGAGCCUUCUCAACCCGUGGCUGGUGCCAGUUCUGUAGUCUCCACGCCUGCUAUGCCGAUGCCUCACCCAAUCAUGGCAAACGUCCAAGAUGAGUCGUUGAAGAACCUCAUGAUGUCAUGGUACUAUGCAGGCUAUUACACGGGACUUCAUGAAGGCCAACAGGCAAGCCGCGGCCAGAGCUCGUGA